AUGAAAAGGAGUUUAGCUGACACCUCGACUCGCAGCACAGCAGGUUGUCUGCCUGUACCACUGUUCAAUCAGAAAAAAAGAACUAGACAGCCCCUGACUUCAAAUCCACUUAAAAAUGAACCAGAUACUGGUUCUGGGACUCGUAGUUAUGACUUCUCUCCCUCAUCAUUCGGCUGGGGAACUGCAAACCCAGAAGUGGAUGAACUGCAGAAAGCAGCAAACAGUGGCCAAGCAGAACAUCCGAUGGCUCCUUCCCUUAUGAAACCACCAAAUGCAUCAAAGUUUAAUUUAGCAAAUGCUGGAAAAAACGUGUCUGCCUGCAGGAACAGAAAUGAAUAUACUCCUCUAAGUAAAACAGCAAAUCCAAGAUCUGAUAAUGGAACUUCUCAGAAGUUUGAGAACUUUUCAAGCAGUUUGAAAACUGUCCAGCAGCAAAAACACCCUGACAGUCGUAACCCAUCCCAGCUCAUCAAAACAGACACAUCCAAAGGACAGUGGCCAGUGAAACCCAACACUGUGGCAAAAAGUCUGCAGGAUCGUAAUCCAGCAUAUAAAUUUAACUACAAUAAUCAGCAAAAUAAAAUGAAUGAAAACCAAUUUGGUUGUGUCCCAGAAGACAAAAGUCAGGAAAUUUCAUCAUCUCAAGCGAAAACUAAAAUAAAAAAGAAUUCUUUGCGAAUCCUGUCUGCAGUCAUUCAGAGUGUGAGGCACUGGAGCCAAUAUUCCUAUAAAACUGCACUGUUAUUUGAAGUUUUAGGCACACUGGAUUCUGCAGUCACACCUGGAGCAUAUGGGGCAAAGAACUUUCUUCUGAGAGAUGGAAAGGAGACCCUGCCCUGUGUGUUUUAUGAAAUUGACCGUGAGCUUCCACGACUCAUUAGAGGUCGAGUGCACAGGUGCAUGGGAACCUAUGAUGCAAAAAAGAACAUUUUCAAGUGUGUCUCUGUAAGACCAGCAACUGCUCAAGAACAGAACACUUUCCAAGACUUUGUUAAAAUUGCAGAUGCUGAGAUGACAGCAUAUGUAAAAACUAUGAAUGAAAUGUAAAAGUCAAAAUGGUUGUCCAAACCCCAGUUUUAACUAAUUGUUACCCAUAAAGGCUGCACAUGCUACAACAUUUACCCAAACUACCAGUGAAAAUCUGGUUAGACAUUUGAAAAUAUCACUGUGCUGUGUUAUCCAACAAAUGCUGUGUGGUGUUCAUUGGGUUCCCAUUUAUGUGUUACCUGAUUAAUGGUUUGUUUUUUAAAAAAUAAAUAGUCAGUAUAAUACCUGUAUAAAAUAACAACAGACCCUGAGGCUGUAGGAAGAUUCCCAA